CGCUGUUUACUGUGUUGGGUCAUGCAGAUGGUCAUGCAAAGAUACUGUAGUGAAGUGAGUUCAAGACAAAUGGAUGGGUGAAUACUGUCAGGAAUUGAUAUAUCAAAACAUUUAAUAAUGUUGAUGUUUUGUCCGACCUGUGCCAACGUCUUAGUUGUUGAGGAAGGUCCGAAGUCGUAUCGCUUUUCUUGCAAUACAUGUCCAUUUAUUCAUAACGUUACCAGAAAGAUUUCUAGUAAAAAGUAUCCAAAGUUGAAAGAAUUGGAUGAUGUACUUGGAGGUGCAGCUGCAUGGGAAAACGUUGACUCUACAGCAGAAACCUGUCCGAAAUGUGGACACGACAGGGCCUAUUUCAUGCAGAUUCAGACGAGGUCAGCUGAUGAGCCUAUGACCACCUUCUACAGGUGUUGUCAUCCCCAAUGUGGACAUAGAUGGAAGGAUUAGGUUGUUAUUGUCUAUUAUAGAUCUGAAGGAAACAAUCUAUACAAACACACCUGUAUAAUGUUGAGCUGAAAAAACUGACUUUAUGCACUUGAAAGUGCAACAAAUGUAAUUUGUGUUGUAAAAGUACUUUUCACUAUGUAUAUUUAAUAUU